CGGAUUAGUGAGUAAAGGUAAGCGUGUGUCUCUCCCUGUCUAGGCGGAUUUCCAUCCUUCUCCUCUUCGCUCCGGUCACACACCCCGACCUCGUUUGAACCGCCGUUGCCGUCUCAUCUCAUCCCGUCUCGUCCUCUGAACCACCUGCUCCCGUCUCAUGGCGCCGUAACACUUGUGUGUGUGUUUGCGUACGAUUGGUCGGUUGUUUUUUUUUGCCUCGGACCGUCGUGCGAUGCCAUUUUCCCCUCAGGACGCCGAGCGAUUCGAUGGGCUGUCUCUCCUCUACUGGACUAUCAUGGGCCCGCACGGCAUCAACCGAGCCGUACAGAGGCUGGAGUUCUGCGACUGCAGGAAGGGACUUGGGUUGAAGAUAAUGGGCGGUUACCGAGACCAGACAGGAGAAGAGUUUGGCAUCUACAUCAAGCGGGUGAUAGGCGGUGGCUUGGCAGCUCAGGACGGGCGGCUUAAGCCAGGUGACCUGAUUUUGGAUGUCAAUAACAUCAGUCUGAUAGGGGUGACCAAUGAGAGGGCGGUGGAGAUAAUGAGGACAGCCUCGCUCUCCAAUCACAUGUCCUUGCUGAUUGCCAGAGACGAUGAAUCCAGGAGGGAGUUUGCUGAGCUGAUGGAAAAGUACGGCUCCAAUUAUAUCACAGCUCCAGGACGAAUCUCUCCUACUCAGCUCCCUACAGGGAAGCCGACGGACACGGCCUCGUCCUCCUCCUCAUCCAGAUCGGAGAGCCCCCAGCUUCUCAGUCCUAAAGAGGGGGUCACCGCCUACACCCAUGCCUCCCCUUACACAGUGCACACCCCCACGCACGCCUUCAGUGUCGUCCUCUCUGUCUCUCUGUCUUUCUCUCUCUCUCUCUCUCUCCCCAGCGACAGUGUCAUUCAGUUGAUAUGUGUUGCCAAGGGAACAGGCCUGGGGCUCGUCAUCAAGGGCGGAGCUAACCGCCCAGAAGGACCAAUGGUGUUAAUUCAGGAAAUAGUGCCUGGAGGAGACUCCCAGAAGGACGGCAGGCUGCAGGUCGGAGACCAGUUGGUGUCCAUUAACAAAGAGUCCCUGAUUGGAGUGACGUAUGAGGAAGCCAGGAGCAUCCUGACUCGCACCAAACUCAGACCGGAUCCCACGGUGGAAAUUGCCUUCAUCAGAAGGGGGUCAUCCUCCAGCUCCAGCAGUGGGCCUCACAGCCCCAUCUCCUUGCCGGGGUCUGGCGGUGGAGGUGUAGGUGGACCCCAGACCAGGGCCCCGGCUCUGGGUGCCGUUUCUCCACAGCCGGCCGUGGUCACCAAGAUCACCUCCAGCCGAAACCCUGCCUGUGAGACUCUGCCAGCUGUUAAUGUCACCCAGGUGCGAGUGACUCCAGCCAGAACGGAGCCAACACGUGUCUCCUCUCCGCCAGAGAGCGUCAUCAUCGCUGAAAUAAACCAUGAGCCGGCCAGCAGACAGCACGAUCCUCACAGGAAAAGUUCCCCCAACACCAGCUGUCGCCUCAAACUGGAGAAACUGGAGCAGGCUCUGGAUCUGCUCGGUCUGAAGCCCACAGAUGAUCAACGGCAGGCGCUCAGGUCCAGACUACGAGCGGAUCCAGCAGGGACCGUGGCCUUCACAGAUUUCGAGAGCCAGAUCAGGGAGCUGUUCAGGCCUCAGCUGGACGAGUUGGCCCUCACUCAGCCGGAGUCGAGGUUCACAUCUGAAGAGCUGUCCAGUUUGUUGGAGUCGCCCACCAACACACCGGCGUCUCUGUCGGACUCUGAGGAUUUGGAGGAGAUGGAGCGACUGAGGAAGGAACACAUCGAGGCUCUGAGGGAGAUCAAGAGGCUGCAGGAGCAGCUGGUCGAGUCUCAGAGAGUUCACCGCCAGAUGGAGGACGAGCUCGCCAAGGUCAAACAGGAAGUGCAGCAGGGCGCGGAGCAGAGCCGGGCCCUGAUUGGUCGAGUCCAGCGUGCCGAGGAGGCCCAGCGCCAGGCCAGAGGGAUGGAGAUGGACUACGAGGAGGUCAUCCACCUGCUGGAGGCUGAGAUCGCCGAGCUCAAGACUCGCCGCCUACAGCCGGCGCCACAGCCGGCCAAUCAGAACGUUCAAGAGUUCCUGCUGGAAAGUCACGGACCAACAAAGAGCCACAGCUUCGGAGACGUUAAAGUGGGCGCCUCGUCCCAAGGCGUCGCUCCACGCCACAAGAAGAGUCCGUGGACGGCGGCGGCGCUCGGCCAGGAGGCGAAGGAUCUGACGCGGACCGUCCGAGCCCUCCUGGAGGCCGACUUGCUGACCUUCUAGAGGAGCGACAGUCCGCCACGCAGCCAGGCUCCGAGACGUCUGCAGGACUUCAACCGACAACCCCAAAACUCUCCCCUCCCCCUGACAGCCCCUGGUCCAAAACAAAAAAAACACCAAAAACCUACAUAAACAUUGGAAAAAGCAUCCAAAACGUUGGAGAAAGCGACAAAUAAAGGCAAAAGAAAGUGACAAAAAGUUCAGAAAAAGGUGUCAAAUAUGGGGUUCCAUUUGUGCCAAAAUUAAGUCGACAAGCUAACUGUCGUCCAUGUCUAUAGCUGCGUCUCAUUCGGCAUACUUUCCAUUUAAGCUGACCUUUGUCGAUCUGAAAUGAAGACAGAUUCAGCAACUGCACGGCCUAUUUUUCUCUUAAAGCGCCCAUAUUAUGCUC